AUGGAAGUAUCUUCAAAAAAGACGCGCGAAUUUUCUGUCGCUAGGUCGUCUGCUGAUCGUAUUCGUACUAAUUCUAUGAAUUCUAAUAAUAGUGUUACUUCGACUAGUGCCGCUUUGCAACAAAACCCUGAAGUGAUUAACUCUAGCGAGGACGAUAUAUUUUUCGGACGCACUACUAGAAAGAUGUGGAAGGCACAGACGGAACAGGCCACGGCAAGCCAACAUUCACCAAAAUGGAAUGAGCCGGACACAGACUAUUCUCCACCCACCAAGAAGCCCAAGAAGGAGAAAAAGGAGCACAAAAAUACCGCAGAUUCCUCGUUUUCCGAGAAAAGUAAUUCUGGAAAAGAUCCAGAAAAGAAGAAAAAGAAGAAAGAUGCUUCGAAAGAUAUCCCUAUCUCGUCGAAAAUAAUGAAGACUCCUAAGAAAGAGAGAGACUCACACACUGGUUCGAAGCAUUCCGACACACCAACCGCUCAUCGUUCUACCAUAAGCUCAACUCCCCAUUCCGUGCCUUCCCAGCCAAAACCAACGGCUCCACCACCGUCGAUGACGAUUCCGCAAAAACCAGCAGAGAAACUAGUGAAAAGUGAAGAACCUGAGCUGACCGAAACUCUUCAUGGAGCUGAUCUUGCUGCCAAAUAUCACAACGCGUUGAACACGAUCAAGGAAGUUGCAGCAUCGUCAUCUGAAGCCGCUGCCAUCCAAGAAGCUAUUGAAUCAGUGCUUCACCAAAGAACCUCUCCACCACAGCUCACGCAGGCUCACAAUACAAUGCCCUACAAUCCACUACAGAACGCUCCUGCUCCAGCUUAUCAACCUGCACCCACAGCUCCUCCACAGCAAUUGCAGCAACCAAACAUGGUUCAGCCGUGCUCUGAGAUAGUUCCUGAGCAGAGACAUACUUUUAUGAUACCUCCAACGGAUCCAUUAUACGAUAUUAUUGUCAGCUAUUACUUCGAGUUCAAAAAGUACCUCAAUGCCGCCAAGAAUGGAGAAUCAGAUCUUUUGAAUAGUUUGCGACAAGACAUUGAGGCUGAGAAAAAUCGGCGCAUUGAGCUCAACGAGUCAGCGGCUUCGACGAACUGUCAGAUUGACGAACUCCUAUCAGUGGGUGUACACGUGUUGAAGAGGCUUCUUGAUCAAUUGGGAAUGAUGGGCGUACAAGAUGUUUCUGAGUUGCUGUCUGGUUCAAAACAGAUUGUUACCCAACACAAAGCACUUUCAACCAAUGUCGCACAAUUGGAACAAGCAGUGGCUAUCGAAGAAGAGAAACUGAAAACGCUUGGUGCUCCAGAUGCCCUAAAAUAUUACAACGAAGCCAUGAACCAAAAUGUGGAAACUGAGAAACUACUGCAAUUGAUCAUCGCCUCUCGACCGGCAAAUUUCGUUCCUCAAACUGUCCUAGACAAGUAUUUAAGCAACGAUUCAAAAGUUUCACCAUCUUCUCGACGUGCUCGUCAACCGAAACCAAAACAAGGGAGUAGUGGAAAACGUGGUAACUCAUCUGGGCGAAAAUCGGACGUGCCAGCAGAAGACGUAGACCUUGAGAUCCAACAAUUCGUUCAACAUGCAAUGAAAGUGGACAACGCUGUGAAGGAAAAAGAGAGAAAGGAGCGUCAGCAUCGUCCAGGACGUCCAGCACUCUCCAAUCCAGUUCAAGUUCCAAGUACGUCCAAAUAG